AUGAAGGCUGAUGUAGUUAUGUACAGCACAGUCAUGGAUGGGCUUUGUAAAGAGGGAUUUGUAAGAGAGGCACUUGAUUUGUUCUCAGAAAUGAUUGACAAUGGAAUAUUUCCCGAUACUAUCACAUACACCACUCUCAUUGAUGGAUUCUGCAAAAUCCAGCAAUGGGAAGAAGUUACUGAAUUGCUCAAUGAUAUGUUUCGAAGAGGUAUCAACGUGGAUGUGACCACCCUUGCUACAUUCGUGGAUGCAUUUUGUAAAGAAGGAAGGAUCAUAGAAAGUCAAGUCAUGUUUGCCAAAAUCAUGAAGUAUGGUCAUAAGCCUAAUGUCAUUUCCUAUAACAGCUUAAUGAGUGGAUAUUGUAAGGUCAAUAAUGUAAAGGAAGCAAUUGAAGUAUUUAAUAAAAUGAUUAAAAGUGGUUUGAGGCCAAAUGUGUUGAAUUAUAACGUUUUGAUUGAUGGGUGUUGUAAGAAUAAAAGAUUGGAUGAUGCCGUGUGUCUCUUUAAGAAAAUGCGUUCAAGAAAUUUGGUUCCCGACACAGCAAGUUAUAAUUGUCUGAUUGACGGCUUUUGCAAAGCAGGAAGAAUCUCAUUUGCUCGUGAUCUUCUUCAUGAGAUGCAUCACAGAGGUCAUCCUCCUAAUAUAAUCACUUAUAAUAUCUUGACACAUGCGUUAUGUAAAAGGCAGGAUAUUGAUCGAGCAAUUGCAUUAUUUCAACAUAUUGUCGAAAAGAAAAUUCAAUCUACAGUUCGCACUUACAAUAUUCUCAUGGAUGGCUUGUGCACUAGUGGAAGAUUAAAUAAGGCAAGAGAGAUUUUUCAAUAUCUUUUGAUGGAAGGUCGGCAUCUAAAUGCUCUGUCCUAUGCUAUUAUGAUCAAAGGACUUUGUAAAGAGGGUUUGUUUGACGAGGCAAAGGCCCUCCUUGAUAAUAAAAUGGAAGACACUGACUACAUCCUAGACACGACAACUUUUACAGUUAAUAUUGGACAUCUUCUUGAUAAAAAUGAGGAUGAUGAGGCAGAGAAGCUUCUUCAUAAGAUGAUUUCUAAGGGCCGUUAA